UUCUGUCUCUUUGUGUUUGUGUUUUGGUCUUCCUCCUCCAGGUGCCCAAACAAAUGGAUUGGAUUUCCAGCGGCAGCCCAUCCCAACAGGAGGCCCACUCACAACAGCACAGGCUCAGGCCUUACUGGGACAGCUGCACCAGGUUAACUACAUGUCAGAUGUGACGAACAGAUGUUUAUAUGUACAACUUGCUGGAACAACUUUGCAGCCAACUGCUUCACAAACAUUAAAUUUACAGGUAAAAAGUGAAGAAUCAGGGGAUUCUUCAUCCCAGCAAACGACAACCCAGCCUUCGCUGCAACCAUCUUUACAGACCACCCUUCCACAGACACAGCUUAUGCUUGCUGGCGGGCAGAUCACUGGGCUUACAUUGACAACGGCGCAGCAACAGUUAUUGCUCCAGCAAGCACAGGCCCAGCUCUUGGCUGCUGCAGUUCAACACUCAGCAAAUCAGCAGCAUAAUACCACAGGAGCCGCCAUCUCUGCCACAGCAGCAACUCCUAUGGCACAAAUACCCAUCACUCAGCCAAUCCAAAUACAAGAUCUGCAACAGUUACAACAGUUACAGCAACAGAACUUAAAUCUGCAGCAGUUUGUUCUGGUGCAGCCAGGUCACCCUAUUACCACCAACUUGCAACCAACGCAGUUCAUCAUCUCGCAAACGCCACAGGGGCAACAAGGUCUCGUACAAGCCCAGAAUCUUCUACAACAACUACCUCAGCAAAGCCAAGCCAACCUCCUGCAGUCUCAGCCAAACAUCACCUUCACGCAGCCAGCAACACCGACACGCACAACGAUAGCAACAACUCCUAUCCAGUCGGUUCAGCAGAGCCAGUCGACACCAAAGCGCGUAGAUACUCCAAACAUAGAAGAGCCCAGUGAUCUAGAGGAACUUGAACAGUUUGCCAAGACGUUUAAACAGAGACGUAUCAAACUCGGGUUCACUCAGGGUGAUGUAGGACUUGCCAUGGGAAAACUCUAUGGAAAUGAUUUUAGCCAAACUACAAUCUCUCGUUUUGAAGCCUUGAACCUCAGCUUUAAGAACAUGUGCAAGCUCAAACCAUUGCUUGAAAAGUGGUUGAAUGAUGCAGAAAAUUUGUCAGUAGACUCUGCACUGUCAAAUCCCAGCUCCUUGGCUUCUCCAGGUCUGGGAAUCGAAGGGCUGAGCCGCAGGAGAAAGAAACGCACCAGCAUAGAGACCAAUGUUCGAGUGGCCUUAGAAAAGAGUUUCCUGGAGAACCAAAAGCCUACCUCGGAGGAGAUCAUGAUGAUUGCCGAUCAGCUGCAGAUGGAGAAGGAGGUGAUCCGAGUCUGGUUCUGUAACAGACGCCAGAAAGAGAAGCGGAUUAAUCCACCCAGCAGUAACAGCGGCACUACCACUUCUACCAAAACAAUUUUUCACAACCCCACCUCCAUGGUGGCCAGCACUAGUAACCUCGUGACGAGUAGUACACCGACUACUCUGGCUGUAAAUGCAAUGCAGAUGCCUGCAUCCAGUGCUGGUGUGACCAACUUCAGCAUUUCAGGUACAACUGCAUCAGGGACAGCUCCUACAAACGUGGCAUCUGUAAUCACCGGCUUAUCUUCUGCAGUUUCUACGUCAUCAGUCACUUCUCCAUCUCUAACCCCUUCACCGUCAGCGUCCAUUUCAGUGACUGAGUCAUCUAGCAGCAGUGAUGCAAAUACCACACAGUCAACCUCAACUGGCUUAGUAAACCCGCUGUGCACAAGCCAAAUCACGGUGUCAGCAUCUGGACUGCAGACAGGUGCCACUGCGCUGCAAGCAGCAGCUGCACAGGUAUCCACUGGUGCUGGUCUUGCCACCAAUCCAGGCCUAGCUGCCAUGGCUGCUGCUGCAGGACUAGCCAAUCCUAGCUUAAUGUCAGCCCCUCAAUUUGCAGCUGGAGGUGCCUUACUAAGUCUGAAUCCAGGGAGUCUUGGUGGUGCUCUUGGUCCAGCAUUAAUGAGUAAUAGCACACUGGCAACCAUUCAAGCGCUUGCAUCUAGUGGAACACUUCCUAUAACCUCCCUUGAUGCCAGUGGAAAUCUAUUGUUUGCCAAUGCAGCGAACCCAGGGGGUACUCCAAACAUCGUGACAGCCCCUCUCUUUUUGAACCCACAAAACCUCUCCUUACUCACCAGCAACCCAGCCGUAAGCCUGAUAUCUGCUGCCGGGACAACUGGACAUGCAGCGAGUCUCCAGAUGGCCUCUAUGUCAACUGAUUCCAGCCAGAACUCUUCAUUCACUGUGACCUCAGCAGGUGGGGCCACCAACACCACCAAGGCCCAAUGAGACGUACUCCCUAGAAUGGAUCAUUUAAUCCAGUAUGGGAUGUGUAAUUGGCUGCUUCCAGCAAAAGCAAAACUGAUGUUUGCCUAAUUUUUUAACUUGCUUUUCAGGAUUGUGUCACAAAUGACAAAAAAAAGACUUCUACCAAAAAGGAAACACGUGAAUAUUUAUCGUUUCAGACGGUCGUAACAAUAUAGGAGUCAUUAACAAUGCAUAGGCAAGGGUUCUGUCUCCUUUAGUAUCUAUUUUAUUAGUUCUUUUUAAUUGUGUGUUUAUUUUAAUUAGGUCUGUUGUACAGGCCUUUUUGUUUCAUAAAGGUGUUUAUAUCAUGUAUAAAUAGCAUGGGUUUCUUUAACUGGUACAGUUUAGGCAGGCCUGUACUUGGGAUGCUUGUGCAUCUUUUUUUUCCCCUGUGUAUACCGUUAAGAAAACUACAUUGGGUUUUUAUUUUUUUUUCUUCUUGUUAAUGUCUCUUGAAAUUAUCUCCUUUCUUUUGGAAAAAAAAAGGUUGUUCCUUGUCGGGUACACUGUAGAUUUAUGCACCGUUUGUAUAAAGUGGUUUACUGUUGGUUAUUUUUGUAGGAAAGAUUCAAAGUUAGAUGCUUUGAGACAAAAGUUCGCAAACUGAUGGUUUUAAAAACAUUCUUGGUUUUUAAAAUGGCUUAGUAUGUCUGUCCUUCCUAAAUGUAAGGGUUGGGUAUGUUAGCAAAUGUCAUACCAUCAGCGAUAUUGAUCCACGUAGCUGAACAACUGGAAAUGAGAAGACUUUAUUGUCAGUGGAUCAUGGGUAUCUUGUGAAGCUUUUGUCUUUGCUCAGAUACUGAAACUAGUUGAAACCAUCACGGAAUAUGGUAGAGAUGAGCAAACUACAAAUAUGCAAGACCAACUAUAAAAGCUAAUGGGGAAAAUUCAUUAUUUAGUUUCCAGAAACUGAUUUAUUUAUAGAAACUAAAUAAUAUAUGUUCCCAUAGAACUUGAUAACACAUCUAAUGUUGGUGCAGUUUGGUGUUUGUUUAUCUUUAAGGGAAAAUAGGGUUGUUUUGAGACAAGCGGCUUACAGUAUGCACAGUAUGGCUUGAACCAUUGCUGUAAGCGUAUUAAAACCAAAAAUUAAAGGACUGGAGUAGAGCAUUGCAGUUCACAUGGAAUAAAAAUGGUGUCUGUCAUUUUCUGUAGUGAACUUGAAAGAGAGGAGCAAGGUUUAUAUUACAAGCCAGAAUGAUUGCUGUUGCCACAUGUCCAGCAUUCCCAAUUGGUUAAUGAACAACAUGUUUAGAUACUCAAUAUGUGUGAACUUUGUGCUGAGCUACCCACGGGAAAUGAAUGAGGUAUAAAUUUCUUUUGUUCAAUAGCACGUGAUAUUUUCUGAUAAACGCAGCUGAUGUUUUAACAAAUAAUGUGCUUGAAUCAAACAAGUGUUCGUUCAAAAAAGCCCGAGCUCUGUUGCUGACUAUUCACUCAUAUUGCUGCACUAUGCGUGUACCAAACAGAUACUAGAAUUGAUGUUAUAAUUCAAAUUCACGUUGGUUAAUAUUGUUCUUUGUGUUAGUCAUAACAACUGGAUUCAAUUAAGUUUCUCAUCUUAAGUAAUGACAGUCACCAUUUUUUUCCUUGUUAGUAACUACAUUAAUCUCCUUUUCAAGACACAAAAUAUGCAGUUCUGGUAGGGUUGCACUACCAAACUGCAAACAAAAUGAAUAUGGCUGCCUACCAAAUAUGGACAGCUAUUAAAAGCUUGAACCAAAGUCAGUUUUACCUAGCUGCUGUACCAAUGACAUUGUUUGCAUGAGUGCAGUUAAUAGGCAUCAGUAAUUUAGUUGCUCCUGUUCAUAGAAGGUAAACAGUUACUAUUUUCUACUUUUUAAUGUCGUUUUUCAGGUGAAAGAAUCUUCAAACGUGAAAUUUACAUUGUUGCAGAAUAAUAAUCAUUUUGUCAAGAGUCUGGUGCAACCAGUUUUCAUUGGGUAAUUCAAAUUUACUGGAUGGCUAAAUGUAGACUGGUGUUAGUGAUAUUAAGAAAGUUAAAAAUAAUAUUUCCAGUUGUACAAACCCUCACUGUCUAAAUGUACAAAACAGAUCCUGUGACAGAUUGUACUGCUGCAGUACUUGUAUCCUUCUAGUAUUUGUACUCUUGUACUAUUUUCACUGGGUAUUCAAACAAAUUUUAGAGGAAUGUUGUUACUUUUCUAAUAGUAGAUUCUGGGCUUUGGACCAGUGGGAAAUGUUUAGACCCCAUGCACAAAUGUAAACCAAAAACCUUUAGUCCUCCAAGGCAGGUAUUUAACCAGGCCAUUCUGUAAUUCCAGCACCUACCCAAAUUAUAUUUAUGACACUUUUGCCCUCAUUACUGUUUUCUAUCAUUGCUUUACUUUGCAAUGACACCUAAAGUACAAAAAUGUGCAUAGUACUUGUGUAUGGGAAGAAUUAAUGUUGCACCAGAAGUACAAACUAUGCAAUAAAGACCAGUUGUCUACAGUCACAUUGGUGGCAAUAAUAAAUUGCAUCGCAUGUGAGGAGCAGUAAAAAGAUAUCCCCACAAUGCUGAGUGUCUGAAUAAAGGUGAAGUGCUUUUCUAGAGAUGACCUUUGCUUACUAAUAUACUUGCUUGGUAGCAUGGCUCAAGUAUUGGACAUCAAUUGUUGAGCUAGCUUUUCAUUUAAGCAAUUACAUAUUUACCACAUUGAAAAUAAUUUGGACAGGUGAGUUAUAAUAUUCAACCCAUGUUGGUGUCAGCCUCGUGUACUUUGUAGCUUUUAUUGCAUGCCCUUUCAUGUUAAACACGUGAAUUAAUAGAUAAAACUGGUUCAUUGAAUAGCAGAAGGCUUUCUGUGAACACUUUUUUGUUCCUGAUUUUUCCACUUGCUCCAUAAAUAGCAAAUGUUUUAAAAAGCAACAAGAAGAAAAAUAAGCAUAAAGCUGAGAUGACUGUUUCAGUUUUAAAUACUAGACAGAACUGAAUGCUGGUCAUUGAUGGUGGUAGUGAAACAGAAGUUGAAGGCAUGCUCCAUAGAAACUUUAAGACAAUGCUUUCUAGCUGACCCCAGACCACAGUUAAUAUUUAAAUUUUAAACCUAACUGAGCUAGUUCUAAUUUUUUGUUGUGUAUCUGAAAAGGAAACAAAAUAAGUUGUGGUAAAGCUUUUAAUUUUAUAUUCCUUAAUGGAUUAAUGUUUUGCUACAAAGGUAGUCAGCGUAUCAUUGCAUUUGUCUGUUGCAGAGAGAAUCCUGCUUUUAUUUGUGAGAUGUUGUAGUUUGAAGCAAUCAAACCAGGAUUUUCUUUCAGGAUUGUGUUUUGCCCUUGUUAGAGCUGGGCAGUAUCAUUUGCACCAACUCUGCAAACGCCAGUGGCUUAUGUGACAUUGAGGUUUGUCAAUAAAAAUUGGUUGUGUUCUUAGGUUUUUGGAAUUGAAUGAUACAUAGGUAAAUAUAAGGAAUAGUUUUAAUCAUUAAAAUUUAGUAAUUUUAGUUAGCAGCAAACAAUUCAGAGCUCUUAUGGUUGCAAUGGUUACAAUUCAUGCUCUCAAAGCUAUUUAUGCCAUUGUCCCUUUUUGCCAACUUUCCAUAAAGUCAGACACAUACUGACUUAAUCCAUCAAUCCAUUUGAGUCAAAGUGGACUACUUUUUUUCAGAUCAGAUAAAAUUGGUAAAAGCAAAUCGCUCAUUAAGGUGGGACAUACUCCAUGAUAAAUGCUAAAUUAUCCAUUUUAAAAAUAUUGAAUUCUGGAAGUGCUCUUAAUAAUAAUUAAUCAAUUGACACUUCAUGGAUGAAUAUUUUACUCCUGUUUCUAAGCUGAUUAUCUGUUUUAAAGUAAAUUCUAAAAUAUUGACUUCAUCUUACUAAUUUAUUUGCCAAAUUUCUUGCAACAGAAGCUCUUUUUGUUUUAAAAGCCUCCAAUGCUAAUGGAUUAAAUUUCAAACCUAAAUAUGUGAAAUCCAUGAACAGAUGCUAGCAACAUUUUGUAACUGAGACAUUUACAUGAUCAGAUUCAAAUGACCCUGUUGCCUUUGAGACGUUUGUUCAAAUAUUGCUCCUCCUCAAACAGUUGGGGGUUGUGAACAGGAAGACUGUUGUGAAUUUCAAUACAUUUCUUGAAUGAAGUCUUAAACUGGUCCUCUGAUGCAAUUGUGUAUUUUCAUUGAGGAUACACAAAAUAAACUGGAAGUAAAUGUGUCCAUGUAUCCAUUUUCCACAUUGUUGGAAUAUACCAUUUUAUUUCUGUUCAUGUUUUAUAUGUUGUAUAAAUACUCGAAUCUCAAAAUUUUAAUUAUCCAUUAUUGAAUGCAAUACGUGUACACAUUUUGCAUAUUUUCAGUGCAUGUAUAUGCUCUUCCCAGACUUUUCAGUAGCAAGCUUUUGACUUUGAUUUUCAAAGACUUAAUCUAAACCAUCUUUUCAAGAUGUAUAAAUAAUAAUUGGUCUAACCCAAAUAAUUAGUAUGUAUAUUAAGCAUACAUCAACAAUGCAUCAUAAGAAUACAAUGUAAAUGUCUUUGUUUAGGCAUUAGAUUGGAUCAUAGUUCUGUGGUGAAAGUUUUAUUGCCCCGCUGUAAUAUAAGAGCAAUGUCCCAUUUUAACCGCUUGAUCAGCUAAGGGCCAAUAAAUUCCUAUAAGUUAUUUUAGUUUAAUGUUCUGCCAUAUAGUAAUGUCUCUUUGGUCAAACAUAACUUUGAUGUGGAAUAACAAUUUGCAUUGUUUGACAAAUCAGGUGUCAUUUUAUUUUAUGUUUGUUCCCUGACAAUAGGACCUUUGGCAAUAGGACCAGAUAUGUCAGAAGAUUAGUUAGAAUUCCUAAGGAUUUUUGUGCUAGAGUUGCCACAAACAUUGGUGAUAGGCAUCAUCAACCAGGUGAAAUCAGAAAGCAGCCACAGUGCUCCACUAAAUAGAUAUGCCUUAUCCAGUUCUCAAAAUUGACUUACGUGAACUGAACGUCAAUGCCUGCAGGCACUUUUAUUUAUAAACACAAUUUAGAUCAUGGCUUAUCACAAGAACUAGAAGCAGCAGUAGGUGAUUCAACCCUGCUCCAAAAUUCAGUACAGUCAUGGCUGGUCUUAUCUUGGCCUCAAAUUCACUUUAUGCCUGUUCCCUAUGACCCUUUAAUGUGUUACUUAUUAAUAAUCUAUCUUAUCUUCUCCUCAAAUUCAUUUAGUGUCCCAGCAUCCAAGGCUAUCUGAGGUUGUGAUUUUGACAGAUUCACAACCAUAAUAAUUCCUCCUCAUCUUUGUUUUAAAUCUGUCACCCCUUAGCCUAAGACUAUAGCCUGUCAUUCUAGAUUGCCCCACAAGGGGAAACGUCCAUUCUGCAUCAUCUUUGUCAAUCCCCUUUAGCAACUUCAAUACCUUAAUUUACCUUAGAUCUUAGAUCUCCUCUCAUUCUUCUAAACUUGAGUGAAUCUGGGCCAAAGCUGCUUGAUCUCUCCUCAUAAGCCAAGUCUUUAAUUUCUAGAAUUAAUCUAGUGAAUCUUUUCAUCUUUGGAAGUAAUCUAGUGAAACUAACUCCAUUUAGUUAUAAACUCCUGGUAUUCAAAAUGAAAACUUCUUUAAUGCAGAUUUGUAAUAUUUCUGCAUAGUGUUUAAUGUCUGUUUCUCCCCUCUAUUUUCUACUCCACAACUGAUCACUCCAUAUUUGUCCUCCCUCAAAACACCAAAAAAAAAACAAAAAUGCAAAUUGACUGUGGAACUGGCAGUGCAGAUCUGUUGAUGAUUUAAUUCCCUAUUUGUGGCAAUAGCUUAUUUCUUCAAGUAUUAAUAGCCACUCUUGAACCAAGAGCUACUGAAUAAUGCUUUGAAAAAGAUCAAUCCUUUGCUACAAACAUAACUUAUUUUAUUAAUGGUUAGUUGGUAAAAACAUUGUAUAGGAUCUGUAUUGACUUGAUGAGGUUAACCCCUCAGCACGACAUAUAGAAAUUGUCCUACAAUAUUCCAUUAAAUCCAUAGUAUCUUUCAGCAAUGAAGGAGGCUGUUUGGCCUUUCCUGUUCAGUUUGCUUCCAGCAUCUUUCAGACAUUGCCUUCGAGAUCAUAUUCUUGCAUUAAAAUAAAAUUAUCUUCCUCUCCCUCUAAUCUUUUUGCCAUUUAUCUUAAGUCUGUUUUCCCUAUUAGCAGUGAUUUUUGUUUCAAGAUAUGUAACGCUGCUGCUGGGAUGAUGAAUCCCUUAUUAUCAUAGAUAUAGUUAUCAUGGUAGGACAGGAUGGGCACCAUAUUGAGGAAUCGCACCUUGGGCUGAAAGGAGGAAACUGAUAUUCCACUUAAGUCGAUUACAGUUGUGUUUUCUUUUGAGGUUUUUGGAGCUGUCAUGAGCUCCUUUCUGAGACCUGUACAGCAUUGAGUGAAUCCUGUUGAAGUGGUAGGGAGACCAAAAGUUAAAUAGAAAUAAUGUAUUUUCCCUAUUUUAUGUGAACAAAAUUGGGGAUGGGAAAUCCCAUCUGAACAUAUAAUUAUCCUCAACGUUGUUAAGUAAAAAAUGGCUUUACAUUAUUUGUGCAAACAUUUUCAUUGAGAAAUGAGACAGAUCUUGCUCCAUGUAUGUAGGAAGUGAGUGAACUUUGUCCAUUCAUUGCAAUCUUUUCAUUAAGAAGAAAUACCUCAGCAUCGCUUAGCAAUUAUAGGCUUGCUUUGCAACGCAAAAACUAUUCCUGGUGGAUAUGAUUGUAGAUUUAGAAUGUAGAUAUUGAUUUUUGGAUGAUACUUUUACUUAAAAGGACAUGUUUAUGGAUUUAGUUUCUCUCUUGAAAAGGUGAUCUUGAUAACUAAAGAAAGAAAUCAGUUAGUCAUGACUCUAUUUGCCAAAGCAAAUGCCUUCUUUUGCAACUCAAUUAAAAUGUGGCCUAAGUUUUAGCAUGUGUCAUUUCACUAUUUUUAAGCUAGUUAAGAUUUGUAUUCUACAUUUUGAAAUAGUACCAUAUUUUCAUUUUCACCAGCCUUUUGAUAGAAAGGGGUUAGUUCAGCAAUGUUAGAAUGGGAGAGGGUUCCACCACAGAAAAAGUGUUUCCUUAAAAAAAGGAAAAAGUGAACAUGUUUUAUCUGUGUUGUAAAUUGAAUGUAGUGUUUGUCACAUUAAUGGUUGAGUAAGUUUUUAAACUUUGUAUUAUUAUUGUUGUUGAUAGCAAUGCUAAACAAUUCAGUCUAGACCAAAAAUAUAUCCUGCUCCUUGCACCUGCUUGACUGAUCAAAGAACAAUUAAGUUGAUAUGUGGCUGCAGUUGUCUCCAGUCAUUUACUUUGUGCUUUAGAAUAACAGAGGCUUGACACUUUGACUAUCCUAGCUCUCAUUGUUGUAUCCAGUUGAUAGAAUGAGAAUUUUCAUGAAUUUGGCAGUAAUCUCGAGGUAUCAAAAUAGAUUGUGUCAAAUAGAUGGAUUCAGCAGUAAUCAUUAAUUUUGUUUUUGGAUUCAGAAGUUGCUAUAAAACAUCAGUAACAUGAUUUGACUUUUUUAAGGUAAAGUUCUGUACUAACAAAUAUUGGGGGUGUGCAAUAAUGUUCUUUUCAUCUCGUGAAGAUGGGUUCUCCAGAUAGUUGACUAUUUUAAGUUGUUGAAGUGGCAACUUUGUCAAUCUAAUCUUUUAUAUAUACGUUUGGUCAAUAAUUAUUGUCAUUAUAUGUUUUAGCUAUACAACGUCUUCAUCAAAUUAAUAAUAGUUUAAUUCUGUACUUCCCUGCCCUUUGCCAGUUUCUUUUUUAUGUUUCAUGCAAUUCAGCGCAUUCUGCUGUGAAAACUGUCUGAUUGCAGUUUGAAAUAGCUGUCCUUUUGAGUUUGGUUUGCUUUUCAAAAAAAAAGCUAUUCAAUUUCUGUAUUUAUCUAUUUUUUUGUUUUCUUUUUGAUUUGUAGUUUUAUAUUCUAACAAUGUGAAAAUAUUAAUAAAUGUGUUAUAUAUUGCACACCCUUAAAUAUUAUCAUUAAUUCUGCUAUUGUGCUAACAUCCAAAAGUAAAUAGAUACUAAGUUUUUAUGCCAAUUGUGGCAUAGGUGUAGGUUAAAUAUCUAUAAAAGCCAAGUUAUUGCAAAACUGGGUAGUGCUGUGGGUAGUUACAAAUUCAGGCUACACUGGUGUUGCUGAACAACUACAUUUGAGCUUUGCAUAACAAAUGCCUUUCUGGUGUCAUUACAUGAAGCUGUAGUCUGGUAUUGAUACUAGUCUAUGACUGUUGGACAUUGAUGAUGUUUGCUCUGCUUUUUGUAUUAGAAAUUUGAAGUUAUACCAAGGUUGGGCAUUACAGAACUUCAGAUUAAAAUUGUUGUGUCAGGAUCUUUGAUCACUUAGCUUGCCAUACCAAACAAGGUAAUUGACUUUUGUCUCCUAAAAUAUUCAAUUAAUUUUGCUGCAGUUUCAGCCUGUUUGUGUUGCAGUAAUACUUUUAAACAAUAAAUAAUGAAUAGCAAGUAAAAAGGAUUACUUAGAAAAGUCACAGUAUUCUGUAGUAUUAAGAUCAGCAAAAGGUUUGGAAUAUUUCUUGUUGAGUGUUUCCAGCAUUUCCUGGUUUUAUACCAUUUGAAAUAGCUUCCAAACAGCCCACAACAUUGCUACUUUUUUCUCUUGCUCCCCAUCUUUCAAAAGGAAAUUUGAAAUAUUCCAAGGCUUUUCGGUCAUCCUUGGUACAGUAUUAAAAAUGUUACCCAGCUUUUGAUACUGUAUUCAUAUGAAGUGCCCGAUGAAAGUGUUGCAGCUGACUCUGAUUUAAAGAAGCUAGUGAUAUCUGACCAUUUUUUUGCUUUAUUAUGCUUUCUUUGAUAUACUCCUAAACUAGUAACAAUAGUUCACUACAGGAAUAAUAAAAGUUGCUUGACUCUUGUGUCAAAUGCUCCAAAAAUUCUCUGAUCAAUCCAUUUUCUUGUUGCUAUAGGCUAAACAGUUUUUCAUUUUCUCUGCAUUUCCUGUGCAAUGAGAUCUGAUCUGUAUAAUCACUAUUUGCUUAUAUUUAAACUGUCUCCACAAUUAUUUAGGGUUACAAUUUAUUUAUAAUUAGUCAAACUUUUCAAUUUUUGACAGUCAGAAUAUCCAUGUAAAUUGGUGAUACUGAUUAUUUAUAUAUAAACGAGUUGUUCACUUUGCUCCGUGGUGAAGUCAAAUCUGCUGUUAUUCAUCAUCCUUUUUUCACCCAGAAGUUCUCAAAGAAAGCAAAAUAAAAUUGUUAGCUUUUAAUUGGUAGAUACACACAGCUUCAUCACUGAUAUUAAAUUCCUUGCUUUGAAAUGAUAAGGAAAGGCAUAAAAACCAAUUGGUGAUACAGUUAUUAGUUGUUGAAAUAUGGAGUUGGAAUCAUUUAAAGUAGGAACAAACUAAAUUAAGGAUUCUGAAAGUAUAAAUGUUUGGUUACCUUGAGGUUUAUAAAUACAAAAACAAAACUUUUACUACAAAUCUGCCCUGAUGGAUUUUGCAGGUAGAAUUGAUUCUCAUUUUAGUGGCUGGUUUUGUAAAGAGCUACAUACGCUGAGAGAAUGAUGUUUAAAAAAAAUGUCUUAAUGCAUCCAUUCCAGUUAUACAAGAAGAGCACUUGGAACAAAAUAUGAGUCAGUUUGUAUAGUAAAUUAAUAAAUGAAGGAAUUCUGAGGAAGAAAAUGAAAUUCUGUCAGAUUUAUUCCCAUGGUUGUUAUGAAUACCAGACAGGUUUCUAUACUUCGAUCUUUAUAGCAACCUCCUUAAAAUAUUAUGUAUAACUGUCCCCAUAUAUAUUGUGAAAGCAUCGCAUCUAUAAUAGGACAAUCAUACAGUCAGUUACUUUUGUAAGGUGCAUUUGAGAUUUUGUCACAGUCUUAGUCUGAAUCAGAAAUUACUGGUUAAUUAAUAGGUUUUGUUUUAAGUUGUAUUAAUUAACAUUAAUCAUUCUAAUUAUGGUAGAAUAGCAACUUAGCUGCAUUAGAAAUGAAUUUUCUGAGGAAUGAAAUUUGUUACCCAUAAUAAAAAUGACCCAUUGUAUUCCAUUAUAUUUUGUUUAUCAAUUGAUUUGGGUACUUUUAAAAAUAUCAUAUUGCCCAACCAACAACCACUAAUAUCCUGACUUACUGUUCUCAAAUAGAAGUUUAGAGACUGUGACUACGCCAACUAUCCUAGGAAUUGCCCUGUCCAGGCAAUGGUGGGUUUUUGAAAUUACAUCAUAUUAAAUGACAUCAUCAAUGCUGCAACACAUUACACAAUUGCUUUUGUUACUGAGCUACAAGGGGGAUGGAAAAUAUACCAUGUCUGAUAGCCCAUUUGCUCUAGCAUAUUACAGAUUGAAAUGGAAAUGUUUCAGGUUUACAUUUGUCUACUCACAUGGUGUGAUUAUUUCAUUUUCUUCCUCAGUUGCUUAAAUGGUGCUGUCACCAUUUGUUCUGUGUACAGGAGCUGUUGUAUACCUCAUUUCUAACUCAUGACUGAGUAACUCGCUUUAAUCUCCCCCCUCAGAGUGGCUGAACCUGCUACUGAUUGUAUACUUAAACUGUAUACUUAAAACAAAAGAAUCUGGCAUGUAUUAGCACAAGCACAGCAGGAGAAUAACAGCAGUCAGAAUUGACAACUAAAGUUAAAGUAAGCACUAGGGUAUUGCAAUCCUUUAACCUUUCCAUUAUGUCUUUAACUGUUUCAUUAGCUGUUAAUUCCCUCCACUCUUUCUUUCAUCCCACUAUAUUUUUAGGCAAACUCUAGAACUACUGACGCGCCAGACAUAAUUAAUGGCAUGUAGGCAACUAAGUGCUUUAUUUAUCCAGCAGUUCAUGCUCUUCAUAGUAUGUCCUGAGCAGGUUGUUGGGCUGACUCUCGGCUCCUUAAUUGGAGAACUUGUUAGGCAUGAUGGCAAGCCACCUCACCAUUCUUACUGGAUGUGUGUAUUUCAUUUGUUGCAAACCUAGUUUUUAAUGACUGAAAAAAACUGUUGUCUUUUCUGAUUGGGAUAGGCUAAUGAACACUAGCAAAGUGACUUUAUGCUGAAAUAAUUUACCAAAUUCUGUCUAUUAUGUGUUGGCUCAUUUCUAAUUGCUUAAGACCACACUUCUUAAUAAAACUUACAUUUUAUGUGCUUAAAAUAAAACAAGGAGCUUGAUUUCUGACAGUGAUUUUCAGUCAAAAACAAAAAUAUGUUACUUUGUACUAAUUCUUCUCCCUGGCUGCAUCAGUCAGUUAUUCAGAGGCUCAAACGAAUGAAUGCACAGUAGUGUUCAUAGCCAAAUAUUGGUUGAAUAUCGAGGGGCUGUUCAGUUUUGACAAUCUCGUAAGGGUUUGUGUCCAUCAUUAAAAGUACCCUGAGAAUAACACUCACUCUCUGAAUGUAAAUGUUAGUGAUGGUCAUUCCUGCCAAGCUUGGUGCUUUUAUUACAUGCCAGCAACCUUUCAUUGUGCUGAUAAAACCAAAGACUUACUAAUGAUUGUAUGAAUUAAUUUUUUUAAAUGUCUUCAGUCCUAAACUAAUCUUAUUUCAAAAGUGUAAAUUGCUUACAGUGACAAAAGAAUUGCAUAAAGCAAAAUAAAUCUGCUUCAUUCUACCUAUUAAAUAAUAGAGGGCCAGGUAAAAGUGGAGCACGUGUGCUAUUUGAUUGGUUAAAGGACUGGAGACUCCUGUGGUAGGGUUGGCUCUUCUGAGGGGCAUUUAUCCCUUUGGGCUGGGUGAUCUGAAUUAAUACACACUGAGGUGCUCUUCAGAACUGACUAUAACUGGCUGGACGCUGCCAUUUCAUUUUGCGAAAGAAAAAUGAAGACUAAAAAAUAUGUAGCUUGCUUACAAAGAUUUCAUAUCCUUUUCAUAAUACCACUGUGCAACUAUGCAUUGUAUUCCUCAACCUUGUACUAGAUAGAGUCAGUACUUUUUUGUGUAGAGAAAGGUGGAUUUCUUUGUGUUCAGUGAUUUUUUUUUUGAGUGCUAAAUGGGGGUUGUAGGAUCAUACAAGCUCUAUCCCAAAGCGAAAUACAAAUGUUAACAUUCGCCUAAUGCAGAUACCAAAGAUUUGUUUCUUCUUUGCAACCUUAAUUGUGUAUUAAAUGCAAUUACCCAGCAGGCAUUAGUCUAACCUCAGUAAUUCCAAAGCUUAGAUGUAUAUUUUGGUAUAUUUCUGGGAUAAAGGUUUUUUUUUGUCAAAUCCUUGUUCGUUUCAGUGUAUUGCUCUUAAGUCAUGGCAUGAGAUAAAAAAAAAUAAAUUGUCUUUCUUGGUAGUUUAAGAUAUAGUAUUUUUGUAUGUUUUGGGUGUGUCUUUGUGUGUGAGAACAUAAUUGUUUUUCACUGCCUAGUUGUUCAUAGUUUUAAAAGUGUACAUAUUAUCCAAUUUUGGACGUCCGCAGGCUUGUAUUCUUUAGAUGUGUUAUUUAUUGGAAGAUUUUUAAAAACAAAGUUUUUCAAUAGACAGUAUUCCUUUCUUAUAUAAAAAAUAUCUACAUGAUAACCUUCAAAAGUUAAAUCAUAUUUUUAAAUUAUACCUUCAUCAUUCACAAUUAAGUUAUUCAAUUUGGUGUAGUGUUUUUCAUUAGGAAUGCAAAAUUUCCACCCAGACCAACAUUAAAGAUGGUUACAGCCUAUGGUUUAUGUAUAUUAAAUCUAAAAUUUUCAAACUGAGGCAUUGUUUUUUGCCUUUUCGAACAUCUUAUUAGUUAUUCUUAUUCAGGGUGUUCCACUCUUCCUUCCCGUUCUCUGGUUUGGUUUGCCAAUGAGCAUAAACUGUUAACACUCAUGCAUAUUGUUCAGUGCGGGACUGACAAGAUAAAGAGUUUAGAUAAAUAUAUAAUUCACUAAUUCCACAUGACCAUAUGAUGAAUCUAAACAUUCCUGAGAAUGAAUAUAAUGGUUUUAUCUAAUCAUAUUUAAACUAAGUUAAUCAGGAAUUAUGGGAACAAUAGCAAAAUACUACUUUUCUGACCUAAAAUGAUAUGUAGAUAUGAGUUUUGCUGGUGUUCGACAUCUAUUCUGUUGAUGAAUCCUGUAUAUGAUCAAGAAAAAAGGGAUACUGUUGCCAAUGAAUAAAUUUCAUGAUUUAUUAAUUCAUUAUGAAUGAAGAUGUGAAACAACUCAGCAGUUGUAACUGUAACAUUUUCAAUUGCGUUGAACUAUCCCCACAUGUGCAUGGUGUAUUUAUUGUACAAUAAGACUGCAGCACAGGUAACCUGCGGACGUCCCUAUAUCCAGUGCACCUUAAUGCAGUACCACAGUUGAGUGUGUUCACAUAUACCCUGAUGACAAUUUUAUGUAUUAACUUCUGAUAGAUAGUUACUAAUGUCAGACCUUUUACCAGUGCAAAUGUUCCAAAAAGAAACUAUAGGUAAUGAGUUGAUAUCAUCUUAUACUACUUGCUAUCAUUUCUUGUUGGGACUUGGAUAACCAGAUUUGUUGCAAAAUUCCCGAAACAACAAAAAUUCAAUUGACAGCAAAUCUAAAGCUAAAGUAAACUUCCAACAUGAAAUCCUGAAGUGUUUGUUUUCUGGGGCAAGAUACAGUUCUCCUAAAAUACUGUAAAUGCUGAAAAUUUCAGCAGUAACAGGAGAAUACUGUCUUAAGAGAAAUCCAAUUGGCACUCAAUUCAUCAAUAUAGUUUGCAUAAACAAUUGUUGUUACAAACCUUGUUUGUCAAUUUUUUGAGUCUUUUUCAGGAACUUGAAUAAAAGUUUUUUUUGAAAACAACAGAAUUUGUGAAACUCUAAUAUUUGAUGGAAGGAUGAGAUGGUGCAGGAUAUUGAAAAGAAACUGUUUAAUCUUGUGGAAGAUUGUGUACUUGCUUUCCAGUUUCCCAGAUUUCUUCACUGUAAAAUUCUAAUGAAAAGUCAGUUUAAUUACCAAACGAUUGCACUGAAGUUGGUCCAUAUGUAUUUGCAUCAAUCUAAAACAAAUUCGAUGCUUGGUAAUAAAGAUAACUUCUUGUGAUGUUUGUCUGGAUGCAUGGCUUCAAAUUUAUCAUAAAACAUCAAAAUCUUGAUUUAUGACUGGAAAUGUCUAACUGUCAUGAACUGAAAGUGAAAUUGCAACUAAUUUGCAUUGCUCCCCAUAAAAACCAUGAAACCCCAUUAUCACCAUUUAAGAUUCUCCUCCUGAAUAUGUGAAACUGUUGGUGCUGACUCACCCAGAAAGGACUGACCACACCCUAACAACCUUGUAGGUUUUUCUUUUAAUCAACCUGUCACAGAAUUGAUAUUACAUAGCUCUGGAGCGGAUGGGACUUGAAUCCAGACCACCUGGCCCAGAGGUAGGAACAUUACUUCUGCACCGCAAAGGCCCCUUGCUUGCACCAUUGUAAAUUUCAGAAUGCUUGAUGAAGACCCGCUUAAUGCUCAUUUACUAUUUAGUGAAAAUAAGCAGUUUUUGAUAAAAUGAUACAAGAGAAUCGGAGAGAUUAUUGAAAAAGUGAAGAACAAGGCAUAAAAUAAAUUAACCUGUUCGGCAGUGUAAAAGCGUUACUGUACACUUUCUACAGAGAUAUAGUCCAACCAUUUACUAAAAUGAUGUGCACGUGGGGUUCUCCUUAAUUGCCAUUAAGUAAUAGCUUAUUAUUUGAACUGAAAAUGAGCUCGCCUAGAUUUUAAUCUUUGAUUUUAAGGUCUUGAUAAGUUAUUCCAAUCUCCUAUUUUGUUAACUGUCUAUCUUGCUAUUUAUUCCUGUGUGUGUUGACACUUGGGUAUAUCAACAAUUCUGUUUGUCCAGAACAUUAGUUUCCCUUGUUUCCUCAUCAUCUGGGAAUGUCUGCCCCAAUGAAUAUAUGUUAUGAUAUAAAAAUGCUUUCUCUUUGAAUAAUUUGAUUAUAUCAAUUAUCUUCAAUAUUUGUUCUAUAGCACUAAUCUAAAUACUUUUCCAUCCAAAUGUAGGAUAUCUUCACUGUUUUUGUGAAGUAAUGUUCAAGAGAAUUGGUUUUAUUAAAUAGGAAAAAUAAGUGUAGUUCCUCAAGUUUUCUUGUUAUUACCAGAAAUUUUAAAAUAAUCCAAAUGGAAUAAUUCUGGCAGGGUGCAUAAUGUUAAAAUGAACCACUGAUCAGUAAUUUACAGAACGAUUAAAACUUGUUUAAAAGGUCUAGUGUACAACUUUGGCAACUAGCAACUUUAACUAAUUUCUAAGAAAAAAAGUUAUUACCAAGGUAAAAGUUGAUGGUAAAAUUAGAAAUGUUGCACAAAGAGACCUAAUGUAUAUGAAUAUGAAAAAGCAAAUUGCCUUUACCAUUGAUUUUCCCCUUUGGUGCCUCUAGAUGUACAUCAGUUUCAGUUGACUAGUAGAAAGUUUGCAAAUAGGCAGUUAAUCACCAUAGUCUAGAUUCAAGAAUAACAGGAAAGACUAGUAAAUUUAGUUAGCUAUUGUGACCGUUAUAUAUUUUAUUUGGUCAAUUCACCUCCAUUUAAAAUGGUUACGAAGAAAUUUCAGAAGUAUUAAUAAAUGUUGUGUGAAUAUGAAAAAUGCAAAAUUAGGAACAAUUUUACAUAACCAUUUUACCACAUUUAAAUAAACAAGGCCCAUGCAUAUAUUUUAAUCCUGACUCAAUGGGAUUCAGAAUUGUUACAUCACAGGUUGGUAUGUUUUUAUUACUAAUCCACCAGUUUCAGUUCAAUCAACAGCUAACUGUGUGACAUUUUACUGUGAAUGUUUUUAUACACCAAGUGGCAUAAUCCUUUUAAAGAGUGGUAAUGGAAAAUUUAACAUGGUUCUAGCCUUUAUGGUUGGAAGACAGGAAUGCAACAUUAUGCUGUGUGAAUAUUUUUGAGGAUAAACUGGUGUGAAUACAUAUAUCAUUGUAAUUUUCUACUGACACAUUGCAACAGUAAGGCAUUAUUGUUAAGCAUUGAUUUGUAUAUUGCUGUGUACUGGUAUAAUUUUAUGAACGUACAAUGUACAGUAUCAUUUCUGGCUCAUGAUAAACUCAGAAGUUCGAAGAGUAACCUUUGGAACACUGUAAGAACUAACUGUCAGGAUAUUAAAUUUUACACUUUGACAAAUUUAGUAACUUGAUUUUUUUUGGUGUUUUUGUUUAUUUCUGGUCCUACAUAUUAUGCCGUGUUUAGUCUUAGGUUUUCUUCGUUCGUGAAUUACAUGGGUACACAAUGUAAAUCUUUUCAGUUGUAUAUUUUUAAAUUGUAUAUUCAAUUUUCUAACACAUUUGUAUACAUUUAACUGGAAGUCACUAAGUCAAAUCUUGAUGAUUAAGGGGCCUUUAGUGUACUACUGAUGACUUUAGAAAAGUAUUUUUGACAAAUUUUGUUGUGAAUUUCUGGGAAAUUACUUAAUCUUUAAGGGGUUGAACAUAUUGAACAAUGCCUGAACCAACAACAGUAUUUGGAUUUGAUGUCAACUAUGAAGCAAUUGAAUUGUCUUUUUUUUUUGAGGCAUCAGAAAUAGCUCAUUUCUUCCAACACUUAAAACAUUUAGUAGUUAUUAACUAUAUCACUAUGUAGUUGCAGAGAUUAAUUUAAAAUUCAGUACCUCAUUGGAUAGCAAUGAAAAUAGUACAUUUAGUCAUCUAAAUUAGUUGUCAAACUAAGAAUCUGUAAUUCGGAUUUUACAGGUUUUACUUUUUCUGCUCAUUGUUAUUUAGAUUCCUAACUAUGUUUUCCUCUGGUCAAUUAACUAAAUAUCUCACUGUUAGGGAUGAUCUUGCUUCCCUAACAUAGGUACUGUAAACAUGCUUUAUUUAGAAAACAGGUUCAUCAAAUAUAGAUAAAUAAUCACCCAGCAUAUAGGUGAAAGUUUGAACUGGAACUAGGAAGCUGUAUUGGAUGUUUCAACUCAGGAGCCAGCAAAACAAACUGGUCUAAAUUAGCUGGUAACAUCUAUAACUGAAGACCAUUUUCCAUCCUUCCCAAUCAAGAUGUGACAACAACAUUCUUUGAAAUUUUAAAAUUUUUUUAAAGAAAAGACUGAUUUAGAUUAUUGCAAAUAUUUCUGAUUUUACAUGAUGCUGCCUGAUUUUAAGGUCAUGUUAAAUGGCUACUAGUCUGGUCUGCUGUACAUGCGAUAAAUAUUUGAGCUUUAAGAUGUUAAUUUAUUCCCUACCCCUUUAAUUUAAAAAUAUCUAUUCAAACAAGAGCCUAUUUUUCUAAUUUAUUAUGAAACCGGAUACACAGCGAUAGGUAUUCAUGAUGAACUGCUCAAUUGUAUUAGAAAUGCAAAAUUUAACAAUAUUGCUUUUGUCUGCAUUAAGGUACUCUUUGGUUUUUAACUUCCCUUUUCAAAAUCUGUUCCAUUGUGUAGUGAGUAAUUGCAGUUAAAGCUGUCUUCGAUAACUGCCAUGAAAGAUUUCCAUUGCAGCUAGAUUUUUUUGUAUUGUAAUGUGGUCAUUUUAUCUAAUCAUUUUGUAUUCAUUUUUGUAAUGGCGUCUUGAUUCAUUAAAAAUAUGACUUAAA